AUGACGGAGCCUGCAGCAAAGCGACCCCGUCGCAGGCAGGCAGCAGGCGUUCACCUCCGCCCCGAGGUCCGCGUGAAGAUCGCCGAUACCGUUCGCGAUCCCCAGACCGAAAGAACGCAAGGCGAGAAAGGAGCUGGUCUCGAGAUCGCCGCGACCGUGACAGAAGGGACAACCGAGAUCGGGAUGGUCGGGGGCCUAGGGAUCGAAAAAGGAGUACCAGCCGAGACCACGGCCAGGAUCGUGGCCAAGAUCGACGAGGUAGAUUCAUCUCCCAAACAUUUACAAUUUCAAUCGCUCUUUGCUAACAAUCUAUGCUUGCAUGUAGCUCCCGCAUCUAAAUAUGACAAGUUCCGGGAACGUUCACGCUCGCGAUCACCUGCUGGAAACGGCACCAAUGCAGCCCGAUCACCUCCGCCUCGAGGAAACAAGGAUGACCGUCGGCCUAGUCGCCGAGAGCCACGAUCACAUGGAGACGGACGGCAAGCCAAUGGCGCUCAUAUAAAAGAGGACGAGAUGGAUGUUGAUUUCAAGGAGGAUGCGGACGAAGAUGAAAUGGAAGCGAUGAUGCGAAAGGCCAUGGGAUUCAGCAGGUUCCGAAGCACCAAAAACACCAAAGUGCCUGGAAACGACAUUUACGGUGUGCGCAAGGAGAAGAAGACAGAAUACCGCCAGUACAUGAACCGGACAGGCGGUUUCAACAGACCACUCAGUCCGUCACGGUAA